AUGGCUUCUCUUAUUUCCGGUAACAAAUCCAAACGCCAAUUUAAGAAAAAAUCAAAAGCUUCAAUCAUUGAGAAAUCCCCAAAAAUCUCAUCCGAACCUAAAUCAGAGUGGCCUAUGGUCUCUAAGGAAGAUGAAGAAUCUCGUCGAGAUUGGCUAUUUAUUUCAGACCAAAUGAGCAAAGUAGGAAUAGUAAUUGCUGAAAAUAUUCAAGGCCAACAAGAGAAGCACCCCAAAUUAAGAGGAAAAACCCCGCUUACUCGCUCAGUAGAGACUCAAGGGAAUCUUGUAACCUCUUUGCAGAAUGUUCAGUCCAUUUUAGAUAAAAGAUCCCUUUUACAAAGAACAAAAAGCCUCGAAAAACCUUAUCAAGAGCCAAGCCUUAGCCAAGAAAAAAUGAUUAUUUAUGCACUAAAAAACAUAGGUGCCUUAUUCAAUAAAGAAAACUCAAGUAUCCUUUUUAACUCUUGGCCCUUGAUUUUCCCUGGGGAAAAUAUCCUUGGAAAUUGUCCAGAAAAGUUCAUCAGUCAGCCACCUUUGGCAUUUUUGCUUAUAAAUGAUGCUUCUUCUAGCAUCCGGGUUGAAGUAGCUUCUACUAUAGCUUCAAUUAUAGCAAAUUCGCCGCUUCUUAAAUGGCAAGACAAUUUAGAAAAUUCAGGGGCUGCCCACGCUUUGAAUAAGCUUUCUCAUUCCUUAGAAGGAAUAAUUUAUAAUAUGCAUGAAGCAUUGGGUUAUAUUUUAUCAAGAAACGAGCCUAAAGAAAUUGUCUUAGCUGUUUUAAAAACAGCAGAAGCUUUGGUUGGAAAUACUUCUUACCUUAAAUUUUCUGCAAUUUCUUUACCGCCUCUAAUAGAGACUGUAAUAAGACAGCUCGAAAAAAAUGACAUUGAAAUUACUAAGGCGAUGAUUUCGGUGCUUACAUGUGCCUUUAAAGAAAAUGUGGAAGAAAUGGUCCAGUUUUUGACCCCACAGUUUGUUUUUAAUUUUAUAGACUCCAAUGAUUUAUUGAAAGAAAAGCUGGAACUUUUAGCAAAAAUUACGAGAAAUUAUUCAGCUUAUAUUGGGUUUUUGACGGAUUGGCUUAAAUCAAAAUUAGAUGACCUUUUGGUUUGUGAAGAUGCUGAAAUACAAAAAGCAGCUUUUAAGAUUAUUGAAGAAUAUAUCAGAGGAAACCAAAAUUGCCCACUAAUAGAUUUGGCAAUUGAUAAGAUGUUUUAUUUAAUCAGGAAAAAGAGGUUUGAUGACUUAAGCUGCGCUUUUGAUGUUUUGACGGUUAUGCAAAAUUUCAAAAAUUUUUCAACAGAGCAGUUUGAGGAGCUUCUAAGAUUUUUGAAGCAUUAUGAAAAAUCUCAGGCACCUUAUACACUUACACUUACUCCCACUCGUGAGUGAACAAAAACAUUGGAAAAAUCCCUAUUUUUGCCUAAAAAACCCAUUUUGUGAGUUUUAUGAAAAAAUAUUUUGAUAUAUAUGUGGCAAUUAUUAUUAUAAAAUCUCUAGCAAAUUCUAUUUGAUUUUUAACAGCUAUAUUUUAAAGCAUAAUCCAAUUUUUACGAAUUUGGGUUUUUUUAAAUUUUAAAAAAAAAUUCAUUUAUAAAUUUAAAAAAAAAAAAUAAAUCCUUAUGAGAGAACAAAAUUUUUUGUUCGCACACGGAGGGGAAGUUAGGAAUAGCCUUUUAAAACUUAUAGGGACACUAUUCAAGACUAAAGCCAUGCCAAUGCAUUUUUGCCCAACUGCAAUAAAUAUUUUAUUAAAUCAUAAAGAGUCAAAAGACCUCAAGAUUGCAAUAAGCUGGGCUGCAGCAAUUUCAAGCUUUUGUACCAAUCCGUUAUGUUUGGAUAGGCUUGACUUAAUUUAUAAAAUAAUCCACGAAAACAGCCAAAACAAAAAAGAAAAAAUUGUUUCCAAUGCGAUUAUAUCCACAGGAAACUUAUUUAAAAACUUCUCGAGAUCAGACCUUGGAGAUUAUUUUAAAGAUUUUUUUGAUAUUUCGGUCCAAGGACUGUCGCAUAAAAAUGCAAAGGUAGGUUGGGAUUCCUGCAGAGCAUUAUUUGAAUUCUUCGGGAAUAAAAAUAUGCCACAUAGUGAAAUGGCUGAUGUUUUGAUACCUGUUUUAAUAGCUACUAUUCGAGAGCAGAAAAACUAUAAGACGAAAUGAAAAGCAGCUCAAAUGCUAAGCCCCCCGCACUUGAUCGAAAGACAUCAUUGAUAGUUUCCUAAAACUGGGAAAAUUAAACCCUAUUCCUUAAUCAAAAGGACUUCCAUAAUUUCAAGAAUGAAAACACUCCCCUAUCCAACCAUAAAUUUAACUGCCUAUCUUUUAAAAUAAUGAAUCUUAUUCGCUCCCUUUAAAUUCGAACAAAAUAUCUUGUCUCAAUUUAGAUAGAUUAAAAAAUUUUUUAAAAUUUGAAAAAAUAUAAAUUGACAUAUACCUAAAAUUUUAAUUUCUUUUAUUGAAAAAUUAAUUUAAAAAAUCAAUCUAUUUGGUGAAAAAAUUGUUUAAACAGCAUUCUAAUUGUAAUACUUUCAUUAAAUUAAGUCAAAACUAAUUUUAUAAAAAUUAGUAUUUCAAUUUUAAUUUAUUUAAAUUGACAUAAUACUUUGAAUUUUAAUUUAUUUCAAAAAUUAAUCUAUUUAGUGUGAAAACUGUUAAAUAAUAUUCUACUUAAAACUAAUUUUAUAAAAUUAGUAUUUUUACAUAAAAUUUUUGUAUUAAUAAAAAAGUUUGUUCCAACUUAAAGUUAAAGUACCCAAAAAAUGGAAAUUUUACAGAUAUUUUGUUCCAAUUUAAAUGGGAGAGUUAAUUUUUAUACCAUAUAAUUGCCCCUUCUAAACAAUUCUAAUACUUUUUUAGAAUAUUUGCUAAUAUAUUGCAUACUAUAGCUCUUGUGGAUAAUUUUAUAUUGAAAAAAAAUGUAAUAUAAAAAUUAAUUUUAACAAAAAUAUAUAUAUAUUAUUCAAAAGAGUAAGAAAAUUCAAUAAAGAGCUUUUAAAUAGGUCUUCAGAUAUCCUAAAAGUUGCAAUUGAUGGGCUAGAAUCCAUAAAAAGCUUGCUAGUUUUUGAUGCAAAAACUCUCAAGUAUGAAAGAGGGUUUAGGCAAGAAGCUACUAACUGUAUAGUUUAUAUCAUUGAAAAUACCCAAGAAUUUACCCCAGAGCUCGAACCAUUUUUAAGCCAAAAUGCUUUAGAGAUCUAUGGAUGAAUUAAAUGGGCUUUAUCUGAUAUAAUUAUCCAAAAUCCCGAUUCGAUGCUUUUGGAGCACCCAACUAUCAUUUCAAUAAAAAAAUUCUCAGAAAAUAUUUUAUCAUGGGUCUCAGUCCAUCCAGAAAUCCAAAUCUCAUUCGGUCUACUAGAAAAAUACAGAAAAUUAUCCCUUUUCAAUGAGAAAAAAAUCUUCAAAUACUCAAAGCAAUCUUUAAUUGUCAAGAACAGCGACGUUAUCCUACCCAUAAAUCCAUUGAGCAGCGAGUUCUUAUAG